AUCAAAUCCUAGCCGAGAGUCGACCAUCGUCGUUGUCGACCAUCGUCGUUGUCGAUCAUCGCCGUUGUCGACCAUUUGUCGACCAUCGUUUCUGCAGUAUAUCGUCGCUGCCCAUCUGCCUGGUUUCCGCAGAUCUUCUGAUCUGUACAGUCCAACUACUCGAUCGCCACAGCUUCAUAGAAAAUCAUGACUGUCGAUUCCACUGCGAAAAUUCGACCGAUUCAUGAUCCAAGCUCCGUCUACUAUUUGCACCCGUCUGAAGGACCAAGUAAUUCUCUUACUAAAUACCUACUGAAGGGAGAUAAUUUUGACGUUUGGGAGCGAGCUGUUUGUAACGCACUCGAAGGCAGAAGCAAGAUUGGUUUUUUAUAUGAAAAGGGAUUUCCAAAGCCCACGAACGAGUUGGAACUUGAUGCCUGGAAAGCAAACAACUCAAUUAUAUGUUCAUGGAUUUUUAACAGUGCCGACGAGACAAUUCAGCCAAGUAUCGUCUCUCACAAAAUUGCCCACGAAUUAUGGACUGAUAUAACGGCAAGGUACGGAGGCACGAAUGCUCCAAAAUCGUGGCAAUUAAAGUCCGAUCUACAAAUGUUAAGACAAAAAGGUCAAUUUGUAGUCUCGUACUACAAUCAGUUUAUAACUAUUUGGAACCAAUUGUAUGGUUCGAUUGAUCCAACUUAUGGGUGUAUAUGUCCUGCAGCAGCGAAAAUGCGUCUUCGAUUUGAGGAGGAGAAAACAAAUGCGUUUCUUCUCGGACUCGAUGAUACACAAUUCGGAUCCACUCGUUCCCAGAUUUUCGGCACCCGCCCACUUCCCGUUCUUAAUGAAGCUUACUAUCUUGUCUCUCAAGAGGAGAGACACAAGUCGAUUGUGCGCAACCGUGAUGAACAGACCGAUGGACUAGCAUUCGCCGUAGAAACUCAACCCACACCACCUCCGAAAUACAAAUGCACUCAUUGCGGGAAAAAUGGUCAUUCCACUGAAAGGUGUUUUCUUUUGAUUGGUUUUCCCAAUGGAGGAAGAAGGGGUCGUGGGGGAGGACGAGGGGGUCGAGGAGGGCGUGGUCUACAGUCUGGCCGCGAACAACCUUCAGGUCGCAGCGGUGGCAUGGCUGCACACGCAGACAGCCCAAACUCACCAGCAGUCACGACAUGCAGCAGCCAAGGCGGCAACUUUCCAGGACUGUCGACUGAGCAAAUGACUCGACUGCUGCACAUGCUCGAUACUCCGACACAAUCAGGAAAUAACACGGGUACGGUUCAUGCUUUGUCACCCGAUUGGUUAAUUGAUAGUGGUGCCUCACAUCACAUGACGGGACCGUGUUUCGACAAUGGAGAUUGGUCGGGGUACAGCUCGUAACGGGGUAUACGUGUUCCAGUCUCAAGCUUUCGUGUCCGCUUCUAGAGUCGACCAAGUUGAGUUGUUGCACAAGCGAUUGGGUCAUCCAUCUCCUACAAUUUUAUGUUCCCCUCCUUUUAAUAAAACCCCCUUAGAUAUCAAACAAUUGGAGUCGUGUGAGAUUUGUUUUUAUUCCAAGCAAACUCGCUCAAAAUUUCCUACAAGUUCUAAUAAAGUUGCUUCCAUUUUUGAUUUAAUUCA